CGACGAAAUAUGAGCGCACGAGUGCUGAACCCGGCGAUGAUGACGGAAAUAAGCAGGAACCUAGGCAGCGGCGGUGGCGGUGGCGGUGGCGGACGAGCGGCACCGAGCAAGGCCGCGCUCGCCCGCGUGCGGCGCGAUCUCUUCGGCCCGGUGGACCACGCGGCGGCCCGCGCGCUCGCCGAGCGCGAGCUGCGAGCCCAAUCGUUGCUCGACGCCGACCGAUGGGGCUUCAACUUUCAGCUGGGUCAACCCAAAUCUGGAUCUAAUUCGCGGUACGAGUGGGUACCGGUGACGGAACACGACGUGGUGCCCGAGCCUUACGCCCUGCGCGGCAUGCCCUACCUGAGGACCCACGCGCCCGGUACUCCGCGCAAAUUGCGUUUCGACGACGCGUCGACGUCACCGACCACCAUCACCACCACCAUCACCACCACCACCACGACGAUGAUGACAUCGACGUCGUUGACGGCGAUGAUGAGCACGAUGGCGGCGACCACCACGAGGAUCGUCGAGCAAAUGGAAACCGUCGUUACGCCGACGGCCGAGAGGACCCCGCCGCAGGAGCCGAGAGUGCCCGAGAUCGGCGAAGCCACGACGACGCCCAGUCAACUCCUGGACGCGGACACCAAGAGGAAGAGGUGCGCGAUAGAGCAGACCACUCCUGUCCUACCCCCCGCCGCGAGGAAGCAGUCCACGAUCACCGACUUCAUGAAGAGUCGUAAGCGCGGCUUGAACGGCACAAAGAGCAUGCUAGAGCCGCCGGAGAAGAUCACUCGCAACGCGGGUCAGAUACGCAGCUAAAAGCCUUCAGCUUCCUCAUUCGAACCUCGCCGUCUUCUUCCAUCCAUCUCGUUCGUACGCAACGCGAGACAGUACCGGAAAUGGGAAACUGCAUCGCCGUGAGGGAGUGACAGGGAGAGAGAGGAGGGCAGGAACUCGGAUAGGAGGCGCGAGGUCCGCGUUGGCUGUGCCAUUCACAUAGUUUUAUCCGCCAUGAGCGCAGACGAAACAGACGGAGACGGACGAUGACUAAAGAGAAGAGGAAAAAAAAAAGAAAAAAAUUAUGUAGCGGAAAGUAAAUCGUUCAUUCUUCAUCACGUAUAUCUUCGUCUGUCAUAUCGCUUUGUAAUACCAUGAAGAUUAUGAUAAUAAUAGCGACAAUCAAGAAAAAGUGUGAGAUGAGAGAAACAAAAAAAUAAAAUGGAAAGAUGAAAAACGAGAAGGACGCUUGGUGAUGAAAAGGGGGGAGGGAGAGAGAGAGAGAGAGAGAGAGAGAACGAGA